UACUCUUAUACAUAAAUGCAAAAGUAUGAACUCAAUACUUUACCUUUCAAUCUUACAGAUGAUGUCGAACGUUUGAAACCACCAAAACGUGGCUUCUUUCAAUCGUUUCUAUGUUGCUGGCGACGUAAUCGCACGAAAACCAAUCAAAAUGGCACAUCAAUCGAUGGUUCCACAACACCGCCACCACUACCGGACCAACAAAGGUACCUUCUACCUCAGGUUAGGCACUCGGAUAUGCAUAAAAAAUGCAUGGUCAUCGAUUUGGAUGAGACCUUAGUGCACAGUAGCUUUAAGCCGAUUCCAAAUGCUGAUUUUAUUGUACCAGUGGAAAUUGACGGCACUAUACAUCAAGUGUACGUACUCAAGCGGCCCUACGUCGACGAGUUCCUGCGAAAAAUGGGCGAAUUGUACGAAUGUGUUUUAUUUACAGCAUCACUAGCCAAAUACGCAGAUCCCGUUGCUGAUCUGUUAGACAAAUGGGAUGUGUUUCGUGCAAGACUGUUUAGGGAAUCGUGCGUUUAUUACAGGGGAAAUUAUAUUAAGGAUUUAAAUCGUCUUGGACGUGAUUUACAAAAAAUUGUCAUUGUCGAUAAUUCACCAGCGAGUUAUAUAUUUCAUCCAGAUAAUGCGGUUCCUGUAAAGUCAUGGUUUGAUGACACAAACGAUUCCGAAUUGCUAGAACUGAUACCGCUGUUUGAGAAACUCAGCAAAGUCGAUUCUGUAUAUAGUGUUCUGUGCAAUUCCAACAAUCCGCUGAAUAGUGUUGCGAAAAUCAACAACACGAAUCAACAACAAUUGUCCACACCGCAGGUGCAGUUGCAGCAAUCUUUACAGCAACAGCAACAAAUGCAAAUACAAACGACACAUCCACAAAAUCAACAGCAGUCAGUGCAGCAGACGAUUACAGCAACAACGGUCAUAACACAAGCGACAACAAUAUCAGUACCCACAUUGCUGACGACACAGCAUCCGCAUCAGGUACAACAGCAGCAACAACAACAACAACAGCAGCAUCAACUGCAAACAAACCAACAGCAUCAGCAGCAGCAACUGGAAGGUAGUCCGCCAAAUCCGCCCGAUUUAAGUAAUAAAACGUAACAUCAGUGGGAAUUGAUGUUUAUUAAUAUUUAAUUUCUGCGUUUUUUGCUUUUAAAUAAUUUAGCGUACAUACAUAUACACACAGAUAUGUAUAUAUGUAUAUGUACAUAUAAUAUAAAUAUUAUAUAGAUAUAUAUAUUUAUAUGACAAAGAAAGAAAGAAAGAAAAAAAAACAAAAUCAGAAAUUCUACAAUACACAAACAAACAAAUUUAACGCGCUACCUAUCCCC